AUGGCUAUCACUACGGAGCCCACGUCAAGCGACAUCCCCGGAACCAUCCACCUCGUUGACCUUGAUCAUAGCAUGCGUGCACAGCAUGCUCAAGGGUCGAGUGACAUUGUCUUAGAUCCUUCCCCUUCGAAAGACCCAGAUGACCCCUUGAACUGGUCACCUCGCCGGAAGUUGAUGUCCACUAUUUGUGCCAAUCUGUAG